GGAGACGCCAUGCCCGCCACGCUCACGGCCCUGCUCUGCCUCGGGCUGAGCGUGGGCCUGAAGACCCCAGUGCAGGCAGGGGCCCUCCUGAAACCCACCCUCUGGGCUGAGCCAGGCCCUGUGAUCCCCUGGGGGAACCCAGUGACCAUCUGGUGUCAGGGGACCCUGCAGGCCCAGGAUUACCAUCUUCGUAAAGAGGGAAACCAAGUCCCCUGGGAAACACAGAUGUUACUGGAUUCAGAGGACAAGGCCAAGUUCUCUAUCACAGAAAUGGCAGAGACUUCUGCAGGGAUAUAUUACUGUUGCUGUUGGACCCGCACUGGGUGGUCAGAGCACAGUGACCCCCUGGAGCUGGUGGUGACAGGGGUCUACAGUAAACCCAGCCUCUCAGCCCUGCCCAGCCCUGUCGUGACCUCAGGAGGGAAUGUGACCCUCCAGUGUGGCUCACAGGAAGGCUUUGACAGGUUCAUUCUGACAAAGGAAGGAAAACGCAGGCUCUCCAGGACUCUGGACUCACAGCCACACCCCAGUGGGCAGUCCCAGGCCCUGUUCCCUGUGGGCCCCGUGACCCCCAGACACCGGUGGAGGCUCAGAUGUUACGGCUGUUACAGGAAGAGCCCCCAAGUGUGGUCACAGCCCAGUGAUGCCCUGGAGCUCCUGGUGCCAGGCUCAGGGAACCCCUCCCUCCUGACCCAGCAGGGCCCCAUCGUGGCCGCUGGACAGAACCUGACCCUCCAGUGCCGAUCGGACCUCGGCUAUGACAGGUUCGCUCUGUCCGAGGAGGGGGCACAGGACCACCCCCAGAGCACUGCCCUGCAGCCCCAGGCAGGGCUCUCUCAGGCCGACUUCCCCCUGGACACGGUGCGCGGCUCCCACGGGGGCCGGUACAGGUGCUAUGGGGGACACAGCCUCUCCUCCGAGUGGUCGGCCCAGGACCUGCUGGAUAUCCUGGUGGCAGGAUGGCUCCCUGACAGACCCUCCCUCUCGGUGCAGCCGGGCCCCACGGUGGCCUCAGGAGAGAAGGUGACCCUGCUGUGUCAGUCACGGAGCCCAAGGGACACUUUCCUUCUGACCAAGGAGUGGACAGCUGAUCCUCCGCUGCGUCGUAGAUCACAGCCCCGAGCUCAGCAGCACCAGGCAGAGUUCACCAUGGGGCCUGUGACCUCAGCCCACGGGGGCACCUACAGGUGCUACAGCGCAAACCACAGCAGCCCCUACCUGCUGUCACAGCCCAGUGACCCCCUGGAGCUCCUGGUGUCAGGGGAUGCUGUUACUAUCACCCCAUCAGUGCAGACCUCGAAUUCCACAACUGGCACUCCACGCCCAGAUUACACGGUGGAGAAUCUCAUCCGCAUAGGUCUGUCUGGAUUGAUUCUGGUGGUGCUCGGGGUUUUGGGGUUUCAGGCAUGCACAAGAAGGGUCCCUGAAGGUAAACUGAGGAUGUAG